AUGUUCAAGCAGCUUUUCCUCCAGCGGCUGUCCUCCUCGGUGCAAGUUCUCCAUGCACCCAACAUCCCUUCCUCGUCAGUUCAAAGGCUGGCUGAGAUAAGUGACCGGAUACCUGAGUAUUAUCAAACGCCAGGCUCGGUAAAUGUUUCUACUCGGGUCGCAACGACAUCUACCGUCGCAGAUGUCGUCAGACGCCUGGAUGCCCUCACCCUCGAAGAUCCCCAGCUCCGGGCCACUCGUGUCUACAACCCUCGUAGUCCUUCGACUUUUUGUCGCCCGAGAUCUCCCACUCCAAACCAACCUACAACUGAUGGUUUCUGCUGGUACCACCACAAUUAUGGUCCAAAUGCCCAUCGCUGUCAAUCUCCGUGCAAGUACAAGAAGCCUGCAUCGGAAAACUUCUCCGCCGACCAGUAA